GGUCUCGUGACAGGAACUACAAAAACAAGUGGUUUAUUUUUCUGUGACAGCCAGCUGUCAAAUGUAGUCUUAACCUGCUGUUUACGCGACCAAACACGGCAGAAAACCACCGUGCAACUCGAGCUUUUUCGGUUUGCUCGUCAUCAUGGUGGAGCACACGGCAUCCGGCGUGUUCUGCAAUCGGAUGCUAAGCAUGGUCAACUCUGAAGAUGUUAACGCCAUCAUCCAGGCUCAGAGACACAUGCUCGACCGCUUUGAGAAAACCAAUGAAAUGCUGAUCAACUUUAAUGGGCUGUCUAAUGUGCGCCUGCAGCAGAUGAACGAGCGUUUCCUGCUCCACACUCGCACCCUCGUGGAGAUGAAGAAAGAUCUGGACAGCAUCUUUAGAAGGAUCAGGACACUGAAAGGAAAGAUUGCUAAGCAGUAUCCAGAAGCUUUCAGCAACAUCCAUGAGUCACCAAUCUUGGAGGAUGAGGAUGACGAGUUUGACCCUGUUCCCCCAAGCAUCGCCACAACUAAUACAACAGCCACCUCAGAGCAGAGCACAGAGUCAUGUGACACUAGUCCAGAUGUGAUCUCACCCACUGUGAGCAGAUGUUCUGAAGAUCUCUCUCAGGAGCCACCUGACACGCCCACCUCUGAUGUUCUAGAGACAGCAGUUCUACGGGACGAAGGACCUGACUCUGUCCCUGCAGAAUAGGGUGGACUGUUAAUGAAUGGCUUUGUUUUACUUGAAACUUUUAGGAGGUCUUGUUGUAUAUUUGCAUGUGUACUGGCCACUGUAAUGUUUGCAGUCAUUUAUUUGUUUUAUGUUUGUGGUGGCUCUGCACUGUCUAUGAGAACUGCAUUUUUUUUGCCAUGAUUACUUGUGUUGUGCCUGCAUAGCACCACAAUAAUGCAGAAAAUACUUGAACUUGUAUAAUAUGCCAGUGUAUAUGUAUAUGUAUAAAUCACUAAUGCACAUCUGUCUAAGCAAAGAAGUUCUCAUAAUGGCUUUAUAAAUAAAAAAAAACUGAAUAUUGGUAGUUAAUUUUCUGCCAGUGGUUAUUAAACUUGUUGCAGCAUUGUUGUUCUACAGGCUCCUGUUAACCCUAUACAAUAUGUUUCCUAUAAAACCAGGAAAUAUGUUUAUCAAUACCUUCACACUGCUAGUUACAGAAACCAUUUGGUUUAAAAGCAUAUAUUUUUAUAUUGUUUUAUAUUAUUACUAUUACUAUUAUUACUAUUUGAAAAGCAAGAUGCUGAAGCUAAAAAGAAGUAAUGCUACAGAGUUAUGGAUGCAUUUAAGAGUUGCAGUUGUUGUAGUCUUACACUUGAAUAAAACUGCAUUUUUAGGCUGAACAGUGUACAAGCCCUCAUUAACAGACAAUCAGGAUGUAUACUAAAAGUGUCACAUGGUAAUAAUAACAGCCGAUAUCUUGAUGCUAAUUUUAAAUAAAGGGGAUGUAUGUUUGCAUGUU